UUCGUAAUCCAUGAAGACUUGCUGUGUUCCAGCUCUGGCCACUUCAAGAAGCUCUUCCAAAAAAGCCGUAAAGCCAUCAAAGGAGAGUGUUCGAUAUGCAUAGAAGACCUCUCUGGCUUCUUACCAGUCUGCUAUUGCAAAAGCUGUGGACAAAACUUCCACACGAAGUGUCUCGACGACUGGCUGCAGCGAAAAGCAACAUGUCCAAUGUGCCAUGUGGACAGGCCGAUAGCUACUGACUCAGUGCAGAGCAGAAUCUGGGAUGCUGCCAAUGGUGAGCCUUGGGAUGCGUAUAUGCAAUGGUUGUAUACCGGAGUUAUUCCAGUCCACCUCAAAGACCUUGGCGAAGAUAAUGGCGCUAAAUACUGUCAGCUACUAAUGGAUUCAUAUAAGCUCGGCGAAAGACUCGAGGAUGAAUUAUUCCAGAAAGCAGCGCAAAAGGAAAUAGUCGAGGACGUCAGGAUAGCUUCGUGUGCAAUCGGCUAUCACAAUGUCGGACAGGUAUACCAGCUCACGAAUGGAGCUUCGACGCUUCGCAAGGUACUGGUUGAUAUGUACAUUUCCCAGGCAGAC